AAUGCCCAAACUCCUCCAUCACAACCGCUUGUGAACUCCUGAAAAUUGUAAAAGUCGGCGCCCUCUCAAUACUCGGAUAACCCCUCUUACAUUCCUCCGAAAAACCCUAAUUUUUAGUUCUUUGUUUUUGCUCUCUUAAAUUCUCGUUCUCACAACCACUACUUAUUGCUGAAUUCCAAACCCAAUCAAAUAAGCUUUCGCCUUGUCUUGAAUUGAUUCCGAUUCUUGAAUUAUCUUACAUAAUUCAAUUCCUAUCUCUUGGGUUUUGACUCUCCUUGUAUAUUGCUGUUGUGUUACCUAUCUGCACUAGUAGCUCCUUCGCCUGACUGUUAUCCCAAUUCAUUCACCCUUAUAGUUCUGUCUUCUGGUUUUCUUGGAUAUGCAUGAUUGACCCCUUGUCUUCUUGUUUUAUAUGCCCAUUGUAGUGCGUUUUAAGCCACUUUCGCUGCUCCUCUCUCCGGUGUGAUUCUCAAAUUCAAAGAUCAAAGAUCAAAUAUUUGAGUAUUGAUUGAUACAGAGCUUUGAAGUCAUUUUUUAUUUGAUUCAGUGAUUCAUUACUUUUGUUGCUGUUCAUUGCUGGAGAGACACUGUUUUGGUCAUUGCAAUCAACACUGGGAUUCAAUUUGGAAAUUUGAACUGUGCUCAUCUUCAGUCCUUGCAGUUCCCCACUGCUGUUGCUACUGAAAAUAUAGCAAUGAAGAAACUGAAUAACAAAAUUCCCCUGAAACGAAUUGAGAGUAACUCAAGGCUGGUAUUAUCUGAAUUUGGUCAGCCAAUGUCCAAGUAUAAUGGAUGUGAGGGCAGGAAUAAAUCUAAGAAGUAUGGAAAUAGUUCUGAUGAUAACAUAAAAUUUGAUUCUGCUCAUAACUCAAAGGUGAAAUCUUCAGCAUGGGCCUCUUGCAAGCGUGGACCGCCAGGGGUUGUAGACAGUCGAGUUGAAGAGGCGGAAGAUGGAUUGGAGUGUGACAGAACAGUGUUUUGGCAUUCUAGAAGAAUUGAUGAAUCAUCAGAAUGGGUGGGUUUUUUAAUCAGCCAGUGGAUCCUCAGAAAUUGAAGAUUCCCGAUUAUUUUUCUAUAAUUUCGGAACCCAUGGAUUUGGGAACAAUAAAAAGCAAAUUAGAGAAGAAUGUUUACUUUAGCAUUGAUGAGUUUGUGUCUGAUGUGAGGCUGACCUUUUCCAAUGCCAUGCUGUAUAAACCUCCUAAAAAUGCAGUCCAUGUCAUGGCUAAAGAACUAAAUGACAUUUUUAACACAAAAUGGAAAUAUUUGGAGGCAAAAUGGAAUUGUGCCACCACAAAUAUUGAGUCUAAGAGGUUGAUGCCAUCCGAAGAAAAGAAAAUGUCAUCUGAAGAAAAGAAAAAUCUUAGAAGAAAGUUUGUGGAAGUAUCAACGGGAAAGAUGCCUCGGCAGUUGCACUGUUUUCUUCAAAAGUUUGGUUUCAGCUACCAGAAAGUAGAGAAUAUCAAAGUGGAUGUUAAUGCUUUAGAUGAUGAAUCUUUCUGUGAGCUGGAAAGAUUGAUGAGAAGCUGUUUGGAUGCAAGAACUACGAAAGCUGGCAAAGCUUAUCAGGUUAAAAUGCAUCAAGAAAAGGAAAGACUUGAAAGGCUGCAGGAUAAAGUUAAGGGCAGAAUUGAAUCCCAAAUCGGAGCUGAUAAAGCUGUUUCACAAAUGAUAGCAAAAGCACGGAAAAUGAUGCGGGAGAGAGAUAGAGAAGCUGCCCGACUUUCUCUUCAGAAGAUGGAGAAGACUGUCGAGUUUGAGGACAAUUUGCAAAUUGUCAAAUACCUUGGGAAUCUAGAUGUAUUUGGAUCAAAGAAACCAUUGGAGGAUUUGGGUUUGUUUCUUAAGAACGAUGAUUUCUACGAGGAGGAGGAAGUGAUUGAUGUAGAAGAGGGAGAGAUCUUGGCUUUAGUUUCAAACCAAAACAGCUACCAUAGGUCCACAGUGAAGUUUGAUAUUGUAUAAUGUAAUGAAGCCAUUGUUUACUACUCUAAAAGAAAAAAUUUCUGUUGCAGAGGCUAAAGAUUGCUUUUAUGUACAGAAAGAUUGCCCAUGCUCAUCAUAGAGGCCUUAAAGGAAGAUGGGGUAUGGACUUAUUGUUUGUCUGAUGUGUUUAUGCUCUUGAUCACAUCUGAUCUGACUUAAGUUUUGCAGUUUUGUAUAGCACUAACCUGAUAGUUUGUAACUUUGUAUUGCCACUGCAAUGCAAUUUUUUGGUGCUGCUUUGGCUAGAAGGUGGUGUUAUUUUUGCUUUUGCUAGGACUUUGCCUCUUUGGUCAGUUCCUAGUUGUUAGAUUGGCGUCAUGUGCCUUGUUUGUACACUUCAUUUAUAGAAAAUCAUUGCAAUAAUAAUAUCCUUUCAUUACACAUUUAUAGAAAAUGUGAGUCACUUGUUCUUUGGAUUUACUCAUUGUGUUUAAUGCUGAUGUCUCUUCUGCUACUAAAGUUAGGGAGGUGUUAAGCAUGUUCCAGAUGACAAGCUAAUAUUGGAA